GGCAACAUGUUAGAAUUUUAAUAAGGAAUAAACUUGACGAACCAACCUCAAUCCAUUGGCAUGGACUUCAUAUGAAAAACACCACUUAUUCGGAUGGAGUCCCGACUUUAACUCAAUGUCCAAUUCAAAAAGGCAAAAAUUUCAUACACGACUUUUAUGCUAAUGAAAAACCUGGCACCCAUUGGUAUCAUUCUCAUUAUAAAUCUCAACGUGUCGAUGGACUUUAUGGCUAUAUAAUUAUUAAGGAGGAUAAGGAAAAUGAUGAAAAUUAUGAUGUCGAUUUAAUCGAUAAUAACUGCAUGUAUUGUGCGCACAUAUCAGACUGGUAUCAUUGUCGGGCAGGAGUUUUAUUGAAUUAUUAUCAUUAUUGUUAUGUUACAACUAGGUUAACUCCCGAACCAGUUCCUCACUCUAUACUUUUCAAUGGAAUAGGCGGUGCAAAUGAAGUAAAUGGAGAUAAUUGUAAUAACAGAGCUGUGAACGGUAGUGUUGAAACAAAUUACGUAUACAAUUUUGAAAGAGGAAAAAAAUAUAGACUUCGUAUACUAAAUGCAGGAACACUAGCGUUAUACUAUUUUUCAAUUGACCAUCAUAUGUUGCAAGUUAUUGAGGUUGAAGGAACGCGUGUCAAUUCGACUGAUCAAUUCAAACAUUUACCCAUAAAUGUCGGACAAAGAUAUUCUGUGAUAGCCACAACUAAUAAUAUAACAACAAACAAUUUUUGGAUGCGUUUUCAAACUAGCCUAGAUUGUCUUCGACUUGAUACAACGUCUGUCGAUCAAAUAAAGCUGCUAGUCAAAGAGAUUAAAGCAAUUGUUCGUUAUGAUAAAUCUGAAGGAAGACCCAAUACUACUCCAUGGACUAAAGAAAAUGAAAUACUACAUUGUAUGGAUCUUAAUUAUACUUUGCUUUUACCAGCAAAUGGUUCAUUAAAAGCUCCAAAACUAGAAAUAAAUCAAAAAACAAAUAAAUCAAAAACCUGCCAUGAAUCAACAGGCUGUGAAGAAUUCGCUUUUGAAAUUUCUAUGACCACAAUUAACGCUACGACGAAUCCAAAUAAUAAUUAUGCUACGUUCGGCUCAAUAUCUUUGGGUAGUUCAUUUGGAUCAUUUAGCGGAGAAACUUUUGGUUACACUGAAAAUACACUUCAUUAUUCAAUGGAAUAUCAAGAACAAUUUGAACAAUACGGUUCUUCCAUUUAUCCUGAUCCUGCACUGAACAUUAUAAUUUUAGAUAAAACAUCAGACAUUAUUGACGUUAUAAUAACAUGUUCAGACACUAUCGCUCAUUCUUUCCAUUUGCAUGGACAUUCCUUUUGGGUUAUGGAAUAUAGUUAUAAUUGCUCUGUUUAUAAUAAUUGCCAAGGCUCUAGAAAUAUUGUAACAUUAACAUUCGACCACCCGAUUGCGCGUGAUACUAUCACCGUUCCCCGUGAUGGAGGUGAAAGUUCGUUUUCAAGCGGAAAUAUUGGUGUUUGGGCUUUUCAUUGUCAUAUUGAGUGGCAUCUCGGUGUCGGAAUGUUGGCUCAAUUCGUUGAACAUCCAAGUAAUUUUUCCUCAUUGCGAAAAGCAUCAAAUGAAACCAAAUUGAUAGACAAAGCAUGCAAUCCA